AUGACAUUGGCCUUCAUUUUUCAACAACACGCAGAUAUAGAAGCUUCAGUACACGAACAAUUGGCCCAGGAGAAUACGGUCUUGCUAGCGAGGGGCACUAAGGACUCGAAUCGUUUACACAAGAGCUGGACCAAGAGCAGAUUUUGUCGAGAUGUCACCAAAGCAUUGUCUGGCGAGCAGAUAGCAGCAAACGAAGACAGGCCGCCAAGUUCGGACGAGGACAGUGAGGUGGACACUGAGGAUGCCACGCUUCUCCAGAUGACACCAAAACCUCAGUCUCAGCAUUCGAUAUCAUGGCAAAGUGGCACGAACUACGUGCCGCAAGAUAUGCGCCCACCUCCAAUACCGGAACUCCAGUCUCCACGUCUGCAACAAUCUACAGGCUCUUCUCCCCUUACACCUCUGCCUACGGACUGCUGGAGAUUGAUCGAGAUAUACUGUACUUAUACACAAUGCUGGCUGCCCAUCGCGGACAAACUUGAAAUCCUCAAGCUGUCGUAUUCUUAUGCGGAACAAGGCUUGGCUCUGUCAAGCAAUAUGUCCAACUCUGGAAGUCAUGCGGAGAUGUGGAGUGUAUUCGCAGUCGGCUCUGCGCAUGAUGACUCAAGCCUUGUGGGAGAUGGCUACCGUUCAUGGCCGUCGGGAAGACUUUACGACAUCGCGAGACAGCUCAUCCCCAACGAGCUGGGCAAAUUCGAGCUGGGUCACGUAAAGGCCCUUCUCAACUUGGCAUUAUACAACAUUAACGGGAAACUGUUUGAUGCUGCCUGGCAUCUUGUCGGCGCUGCUCUACGAGUAUCCCUAAUGCUUGCAGAAUUACCGGACUCUGUUACACAUCGACUAAAGCACGUUAUAUCGAGUUCUUUUGUGCUUGACAGUCUUCUGGCCUUGCAUCUAAAACGGCGUCCGUACCUCGACAGGGCCGACCUAUCGUGGAUGGGGAAGAUAGAAGAAGAUGGCAUGGAAGAGUGGCAACCAUGGAAUGGGCAUCUCAAUCUCGGCCCAUCAUGUCUGUCAAACUCUCCAACACUCGCGUUGAGCACCUUCAACGCUCUCAUGGAGUUAGUUGAUAUUCUUCGAUGCACUUCAAUGGAGCGGACAGCACCAAACUUUUUACAUGAGAUGAUUGGUCGACUUGAGAUGUGGAAAUCAGCGUUACCACCGAAGCUCGAUUACAUCCGGAAAGAUUCUUCUUCCACGCCACCAACUCCACCUGCAUUACUUCUCCGAUUCACUUAUCUCGUCACUGCAUUUACUCUCGUUCCAUCUCAGGCAUGGCUCCAGCAGAUCUUGGACAUGUUGAAUAUGCUGCAACAGCAGCUCGGGGUCACAAGAAUGCCGGCAAUCAUCACUUGCUUGCUGCAAAGUAUCAAAAGAAGUGCUCAUAGUUUGACUCUGGAUCAGCAGACACAUACUCGCAUCCACGAGUUGUUUGCUGCUCUUGGCCAGUCAUCCCAAGAGACUUCGGAGAGAGCAUCAUCAGGUUUGCGAUCAGUAUCGGCAACCUUAAGGGACGCCUCUUCAAAUGACUCCGGGACCGUUCAGACCUCUCCGCAGUCACUUGUGUCACAACAUGGCGGUCCGUUCACCGAUCAGUACCAGCAACCGCCCAACCCAACCACUAUGGUCCAUCCGGAUUUGAACGUUAGUCAUCCAGGUCACAGUCUGCAGCCAUUUGAACCAAAUCUAUUCGAUUUCGGAAUGAACGGCCCGAUCUUCGACCCCCAUGAUCCUUAUAAUGCUUUAGUCUCGGGUGAUUUGGGAAGCUUCCUCGACGACUUCGCUUCAAAGCAUGGUGCCAAGAAAUUACAAAAUCAACCGCAGUUCAUGGAGAAUCUCGGAUUUUCAUCGGAAGUAAGCAUGGCCGAUCUAUUGGCAGCAGACACUGGCCGUUUUAUGCCUACUGUAUCGAAUCUAGGCACAGAUAACAACGAAGAAUCCCCUCAAUUCCCGCUCAACACUUUCUACGAUGCUGGGUGA